AUGUCGGAAUUGCUUGAUAGAGCAAAGAAAGCAUAUCGUAUUGCAAGAAGGCGCGCAACGCCGACGCAGACAACCCAGCGGGCGCCAAUACAAACGAUGCGAGUGCACACGGAGAAAGUGUGGGCAGUCGCAUUUUUUAAAGACGGCCGACGGAUCGUCACUCCCUCAAAGGAUAGAACCCUGCGAAUCUGGGACGUGGAGACAAGAGUACUGUUGGGAGGCCUAUUCGAGGGACACAGUGACCGUGUGUAUUCAGUCGCUGUAUCACCAGACGAUAGGCGAUUUGCAAGUGGUGGAGAAGCUGGAGCCAUCAUCAUCUGGGAUGUGGAUAGGAAGCAGAUGCUAUUUAAACUGAAGAAGCAUAUAAACCUGGUUUCGUCGGUGUGUUUCUCUCCCGAUGGAAAGAGACUCGCAAGCGGGUCACUGGAUAAAACAGUUGUUAUAUGGGAUGCGAAGACUGGUGCUGUCCUCUCAACACUUCAGAGUGCUCGAGGUUCGGUGUUUUGUGUCGCCUUCAGCCCGGAUGGGCGACAAUUAGCGUCCGGCGAACAGGGUACUGUUCGGGUUUGGAGCACCAGUAACGCUGAGCUUUUGUUCGACAUUGACUUCGCUCACCAAGGUUGGGUUAAAAGUGUUGUGUGGACACCCGACGGCCAGCAACUCGUCUCUGCAUCACACAACCAAACAAUCAAGUUUUGGGACUCGUCGAAUGGGACCGAGAUUGGCCAACCUUGCACCGGUCACACUCACGACAUCAACUCACUUGCCAUUUCUUCUGAUCCCUCCUUCAUUGCAGCCGUCUCGUUCGAUAAGACUGUGCGCCUGUGGAGCACUGAGUCACACAAGCAGAUAGGACAACCACUCAAACACACCACACGUGUUUCUUGUGUCGCAAUCUCUCGUAAUGGAGAACUGCUCGUGAGUGGAGACUACGAUGGAAAUCUUCAGCUCUGUAAGGUGAAGUUGGGCCAAAACCUUUAUGCGGAGGCCCUUUCGGACGCAGAAAAGCUCAACCCUACGUCUUAUCUCGGGCGCGAACUGAAGCAUGCGGCGCUUCGUGGAUCGCAGCGCUAUGAUGAUGCAUUCGAGGCCUUCACAAUCAUGCCCUCCAAGUUAGAUGAUGCGCGCGACUCACAGAUACGACAGCUACGCCGGCAAUCCGUCAGUACAUCUCAAGUAGAAGAUGCUAUUCGACGAGCCAUUCAAGCCAAACUGGAAAACGCUCCACUUCGUCUAAUCAACACUAUCACUGGGCAUAUAUGUGAUCGAAAUGCACAGAUCAACGCAUUCAGGAAGAGCACAGAGUACAAAAAGCUUUUGCAUUCAUUGGUGAUGCACGCGCCCCUCCAAACAGAACUCAUCAAAGAAGCCGUUGCGACGUACUUCAGCUGGGUCAUGUUGUCCCAUAGAUGGGAAACCAAGGAGCCACUACUGCACGACAUUCAGGGCAGGGGCAUAUACGACUUGGAUGCGGUCGGAACCAUUGUGAAGUUGCAGAAGUUUUGCAAAGUCGCUCGCAAUGCGGGGCAUUGCUGGGCGUGGAGCGAUACGUGCUGCAUCGACCAGAAUAAUAACAUCGAGCUCCAACAAUCAGUCAAUUCCAUGUUCAUUUGGUAUCACUACUCAGCGCUCACUGUCAUUUACCUAUCGGAUGUUCCUCCUUCGUCAGAAUCCGGCGCGCUCGCAAACAGUAUUUGGAACACGCGAGGAUGGACCGUUCAGGAGUUUCUCGCUCCUAAAAUUGUUCUCUUCUACCAGGCAGAUUGGACCCUAUAUCUUGACGACCACUCACGCAACCAUAAGGAGUCUGUCAGUAUCAUGAGGGAGUUGGAGGAUUCAACUAGUAUAAAUGCGCGGGCGCUCGUCAACUUCCAUCCGGGGAUGGGGAAUCCCCGCGAGAAACUUCGAUGGGCGUCGAACCGUGAGACCACGAGGGAGGAAGACAUUGCCUACUCUUUGUUUGGCAUCUUUGAUGUCAGCCUUGCUGUUAUCUACGGAGAGAAAAGACAAAAAGCGCUCGGACGACUCUUACAGGAGAUCAUAGCCUACUCAGGCGACAUCACAGCCCUUGAUUGGGUGGGACAAUCGUCCAACUUCAACAGCUGUCUGCCAGCCGACAUUUCCUCAUACAAGGCUCCGCCAUUUACAUUGCCAUCCCUAUCCGAAGACAAGAUGCAGAAUUCGGUCUCCACGCUGCGAAAUGCUGUGGCUGUGGAGUCGGCUUUGAAUAUGUAUACCCUCCUUGAGAAGCUCAGUGUUCCUCGUUUUGCCAAUGCCAGACUGCAGUUGCCUUGUAUCGCAUUUCCUCUGACGGAAGCAGAUGGGCUUCACGACCUGUCAAUCACCACGGAAGACCAGCUGGUUCAAUUCUGGCCUGGAAGACCUGUUCGGCGGACGGUUUUGCUCAUUCGUCCAUGGACUCGUUAUCUCCUCGAGCUGUCUGACUUCGCAGAACUGCCGGACUUUGCAGAACCGCCCGACAUUAACGAGGAGAGUAGCGUGGAAGAUUAUUGGUCUGCGCUUGAGUCUCCAUCACCUGAUUCACCUCCCGAGUCUCUCGGAGAACAUGGACCAGUUCAUUCGGAGUGCGAGCGGGCGUUUCGAUUGGUCGUUCACCUUGGACAGCCCUUUAGUGCGUUCUUACUAGCGCAGCAGCGUGGUGGGGAGUAUAGGAGAAUCGCCUCAGAUAAUAAUAUCAUCGCGCAAGUUAGGGACGCGACUUCCGUUGAUAACAUGAUGGACGUCAGAACACUAGAGAUAUUGUAG